UCACAAUCCGCGAUCAGCUGUUUUUGUGACCCAGCUGACUGUAUAGUAAACACAGUAUUAUUCCACUGGUAUAAUGAAUACGUCGCAUUCUCGCACUGUAGUGCGUGCGGUUCUAUCACCGAAGCCAGUGCCACAUGCACGGGGAAAGGUCGGGGUAGGGCAUAGAUAAGAGGCCGUAGCGUUGUGUCAAGUGUCGCUCUGAUCACCGAUUUGAAGAUAAGAUGUACUUUGACCAAAAGUAAAUAUAUCUAAUUCGCAUUGACACAGAAUUAGUUAGCUGCGACAAGUUUGACUUACCGUGUAUGAGCAACGUGGUGUACGUCAAAACGAAAUUCUUUAUUCUUCCUCAUGCGCCCGUAAGCCUAACCUUACGUUUAUCUGACCUCGUGCUUACCCGUGCACCAUCGCAACUUUUCUUCAUUUUCUCUUCUUCAGCGGUUUGAUCAAUUUUUGAAGAUAAAUUGACUUCUCCGAAUUGCUGGGAUUUUAUAUAUUAUUCUGCAUCGACGAUUGCCUUGGCCGAUAUCAGAACCGCAUGAGACUACCGCACCAAUCGAGAGAGCAAGUGCCAUGCGACAGUUAUAAUUGCGUGGGAUAUCUUCCAGGAGUCGCCCCUUCUUUUUAAACAGUGAAUAAUGUACAUCAUUCCUUUCGCAAACUACCGAUGGUCGUUUGGACAAGUGGACACCAAAGGAACUGACAGCUUAGCUUCGUCAAGCAGAGGUCGAAGUGUAUUUAUCCUGCUACUAAAAAAUCUGACUUGUAUGGGAUUUUUUCUUUACAAAGACAUUUUAUGAUUCGAUAACUGUAAGUGACGUAAUAUUUCGUUGCAAGUAGAAUUCUUAUUCCAAUUUACGAGGAAUACCAAACGUGACAACACGACAUCGUCGACCUCCAUUUCUAAGCACGCGACGCGACGUCGGCGUUUAGUCUUCUCCCUCGAGAACGACUACGGCAACGAUGACGAGGCGGAGCGUACCGACGUCGGUGCCCGAGGGCGGCUGGGGAUGGGUCGUGUGUCUAGCGUCAAGCUGGACCAACGGCGUCGUCUUCGGAGUCAUUAAUUCAUUCGGGGUGCUCUACGUGGUCAUGCUCGAACUCGACGGCGCUGAUGCAUUCCGAACAUCAUGGAUCGGCGCAGUUUGUGCAGGACUCACGUUUUUCAUGUCGCCUUUUGCCAGUGUCAUCACGGACAAGUUAGGUUGCCGACCUACAGCCGUCAUAGGCAGCGCCCUCGCUCUAGCGGGUGUCCUGGCUAGUUCGUUCGCAACCAAAAUCGAACACAUGUACAUCACGUAUGGAUUCGCCAUGGGUCUAGGCUUUGCCCUCGCCUAUCAGCCCUCUUUAUACAUUCUGGGGAUAUACUUCCAAAAGCGCCUUGGUGUCGCGAAUGGACUGGUCACCUUCGGCAGUGCCAUCUUUACCAUUGUCCUACCCAUUGCCAUGCGUGAGAUCUUAAACAGCCAUGGCCUUGGUCCUUGUCUCUGGUUCCAGAGCUCCAUCAUCUUCGUCAUGCUUCUUGGCAGCCUGACCUUUCGUCCUCGACCGGAAAUGGUUGAGGUCCUUGACCUGAAGGAGGACUAUACUUCCGUCCGGAGGUCAGAGGAGGAUGAUGACCUUCAGGAAGGAAGAGGAUGCUGUGGAAGGUGGUGCAGAAGGGUGAAAUGUACCAAGUGUUCCUGUAGCAGUAUCAUCGAUGUCAGUAUCUGGAAGGUGAGGAACUACAGGAUAUGGGCCAUUGGUGUGCCGCUAGGACUGUUUGGAUAUUUCGUGCCUUUCUUUCAUCUGGUGAAACAUGUUAAUGACACACUUCCUGAAGCUCGGGCAGAGGUUCUUAUCAUGUGUCUUGGUGCUACGUCGGGAAUCGGCAGACUUGUCUCAGGCUUCUUGAGCGACCAUCCAAAGAUCAACCCUGUCUACAUUCAACAGCUUGCCUUCCUGGUAAUCGGAGUCUGUACAACGCUAAUGCCGGUCUGCCGUAACUUCAUCGCUCUUUGUGUAAUCGUACUCAUCAUGGGGAUCUUCGACGGUGCAUUCGUUUCGAUGAUGGGACCCAUUGCUUUCAAUUUGGUCGGGCCGCAGAGGGCGUCACAAGCGAUUGGAUCUGUCCUCGGUCUCAUGUCCAUACCAAUGAUGAUCGGGCCACCGGUUGCAGGGUUGAUCUAUGACAUAACUGGUACUUACACCAUUGCCUUCAUCUGCUCGGGAAUUCCACCCAUCGUCACCGCCUGCAUCCUCUUCCUCCUGCGCCCCGAGCCACCACGCGAAGAGGACGUCGUCAACGAGACCGACGCCGCCGCCGCCGCGGAGGAGAAAGAGCGAGAGAUGAUGAUCCCUAGGGAGACGACAUCAGCCAUGGCUACCAAGGAGACGGAGGCAAUGGGUGGAAAGGAUUCCAGGGAUGAGGAUGUUCGGAAGGGAGGAUUGAGAGGCGGGAGGAUGGAAGAUGGUGGUUUUGAUGACAGGCGUGGCCUAGAGGAUGACCGCGGGAGGAGGAGGAGUUAUAGGAGAGAUGUCAUGUCACCAAGCGAUACUCGCCUCAUCAUGGAAAACCAUGUUCCUCAUAGCAACGGCAACCAUCAUCCCAAUGGUGUCCAUAGCAACGGAGACAUCAACAAAUACGCUGGUGUCUACACGGAGGGAUUUAGCGACAAGGGGGUACUAGCGGGUGCGUACGGGCUGGAAGAGGAGGGGAGCAGAUCGCCGUACGCUCAGCGUAAUCGAAACCAAAGCAACCACCAUGGGAGUCCGAAUGGGCGUGUCCCUAAAGACAGAGGCAUCAAGUUUGAGAUGAAUGGUAUCUUUCACAGAUUAGACUCUCAAACAAACGAACUUGGAAGUAUGAUAAAUGUCAUGGACAGAGAGACAACUUUAUAGACUUUAAUUUGUUUAAUCGGAAACAAACGUUUGCGAUUUUGAUCGUGCCGCUUUUAUUUCAUUUCAGCUUCGUUUUGCCAAAAGUUGUAUUUAUGAAAAUAGAAUUUGAUUUUAUGACAGAAUAAAUGUAUAUAUAUUGUAAUACAUCGAAAUGUAUACAUAUGAACUGUAAAAAAAAAUUGUAUAUGAGCAUCAGUGGCUUGAUUUUUAAGAGUUAUAGAAAGAAUGUUUUAUUCACACUGCUAUUUGGAACUCCCGUGUCUAUAUUGGAAGUUAUUAUCUGUCUUUUAGAUCAUAUUCCAUAGAGAUAUUAUCAUAUAGUUAUGUAAACCUCAACAUCUCCUGUUAGAAAUGAUGCAAAAAGUCAAAAGUGCGCGUAGUCAUGAAAUGA